AUGCAGUGGUUCAAACCCACCACCUUCGAAUCAUUUUUACAAAAGACCUACAAGCUAAAGCUAUCAAGUAUAGAGCUCGGAACUCAUAAUCAAACAGGCUAUAUCACCGACCCGCCAAUUUCCAGGCUCUUGAAACUCAUCCCCAAUCACGAGUUUUUCACCAACAAUUGCACAUACGGAGUGAAGCAGCAAAGUGAUGAAAUUUGGUGUCUUCGCAAUAUAACGUUCUUCAAUUUCAGGGUUUUUUCACCAACAUACACGACAGAGUAG